AUGAAUGGAGUAGAACGAGAACGAACUGAAGACGAAGUGCGACGGCGACGUGACGAUUAUGAGCGACGGCGUCAAGUCACGAAUUCCAGCCCAGAUGCGGUACGAAGUCAACUCGACGCGAUAGACAGUGCGAUGCGCUCUAACUUCGCCGGUGGAACGCAGGCAAAUGGAGAAGCCGAAGAUGAGCCUUUACCCGAAGGUUGGGAUAUG